AAUUUAUUACCUUCGGGUUUUGCAGCAUGUGGCAUUCAGAGAGAUGCUUGACGGUUCCAGCACAUGUUCACACACUUGCGUCUGUCUGUGGGAGGGUGGGUGCACAGGUGUGAUCAGAGGCAGUAUUUAAAGAGCAAGGACAGAUUUUCUUCCCAUCACUCAUUCUGUCAUCAUGGAGCUGAAAGUUGCAUUUGUGGUUGUCUGUCUGUUUGCUUUGGCCAUCACCUCUACGGAAGCUGGCAUCCCAAAAUGCUGCAUCACAACAAAGAGGGACAUCCCUGUCCCCGUGCUGCAGAAGGUCCAGAGGUGGACUGUGCAGCAAAGCAGCGGCGCCUGUGACAUCUCUGCACUGUUGCUGUACGUAAGGGACAUGAGGAAGCCCAUAUGUGCUCAUCCCAAAGUGAAGAGAAUCCUGAUUUGGCUGCAGUCGAGGGUGAAACGAAACAAGCAGAAAGCAACUUACUGAGACAGUUGGUGUUUCAAGAGCUUGUGUCAUACAGGAACCCCUUAUGGUUGUGUUUCUUUAAUGGCUGUGAUCAUU